AUGCAAUUGAAAGGCUUGGAAUACUCGGCGAUAUUUGCCCUGUCAAACGCGACCAUUGCAUGGGGUCAAUUACUUUUUGACCCCCGAGAGGCCACCAUAGCUUCUGUUCACAAUGCGCUGCACUCUGGCGAGAGUUGUCGGAACAUCGUCUCUGCCUUCUUGUCACGCAUCGAAGCAUUGGAUGGAAACAUCAAUUCGAUCAUAUCCUUGGACCCGGAAUCUCUCGCAAUUGCAUCACAACAAGACGCACUGUUCGCCUCGCAAAAUGCCACUGUAGGCCCGCUGUUUUGUGUCCCCGUGCUUCUAAAGGACAAUCUUGACACUGCGUCUCUUCCAACAACCAGCGGGAGCCUCGCUUUGGCUGACUCGAGACCCUCGAUCGAUGCCGCGGUUGUCAAGGCGCUCAAAGACGCGGGCGCCAUCAUUCUAGGCAAAACGAAUCUUCAAGAACUUGCUUUGGAAGGAAUAUCGGUGUCAUCUUUGGGGGGCCAGACAAUCAAUCCAUACGACACUGAUCGAACCCCGGGAGGGUCGUCUGGGGGCAGUGGUGCUAGUGUUGCUGCAUCUCUCGCGGUUCUUGCUCUAGGCACAGACACGAUAAACAGUGUACGCAGCCCAGCAAGCGCGAACAGCCUCUUUGGACUACGUCCGACAAGAGGCCUCGUCUCAAGAGCAGGGGUCAUCCCAAACUCGCAUACGCAGGAUGCUGUCGGACCCAUCGCACGAUGUGUUGAAGAUCUGGCUAUCGCACUUUCGGCAAUUGCAAGUAAGCAACUUGAUUCUGAAGACAACAGUACUGCACUUGUACCUGAAGGUGUUCAUGGAACGGAUUACUACAUGGAUCUUGCGUCAGGUUCUCUCGAGGGUAAGACGAUCGGAGUGCUUGAAACCUUCUUCGAUCGUACUUCGUCCAACGAGACGGAUCCUGUGAACGAAGCUAUGGAUGCAAUGGUGGUGAGCUUGCAAGAAGCAGGCGCCAUCGUUGUACCAAUUGAUGACGCCAGAUACAACGUGAAUUCUAUCCUUAGCUCGUGCGAGACACAAAAGUUUGAGCUGAGGCAAGAGGUGGACAAAUACCUCUCGCGAGAGUCUCUCAGGGGCCAACACCCUGCAACACUCCAAAACCUUUAUAGCGAAGGUAAUUCUUUUCUUGUGCUUCCUCCGCAGUACGAUUUCGUCAAGGCGGUACUGAAAGGUAGCACACGAGAUCUCGAGUACGAGACAGUAUUGAAGAACAUCCAAGAUCUGACUACGCAUCUGCAUGCAACGUUUGCAACAGAUCGCUUGGAUGCAAUCAUCUACCCGCAGCAAAGAAACCUCCCAGUUAGGAUCGGAGCCGCAUCCCAACAUGGACGCAACGGUAUUCUAGCUGGCGUGACUGGAUUUCCCUCUCUGGCGCUUCCUGCGGGCUUCAGUCCUACUACCGACACAGCCCCAAUCGGUAUCCCUGUUGGUCUCGAGCUGAUGGGCUUACCGUGGACGGAAGCCAAACUGCUACAGAUGGCGCACGGGGUCCAAGCUCUAACGCAGAUCAGAAAGCCACCUGUGUGGGCUAGACGGCAUGUACCUGUUCGAAACUACGUUGCUGUGCCCAGUGUCAUGCCGAAGGGUAGCAACAGUAUCCCAUCUGCUUAUCCGCUUGGAGUUCUAUCGUAG